AUGGCGUCUUCUCUGACCGUCAAGGUGCACCCGGUCGUCUAUCUGACGAUCGUCGAUGCGUACGAACGUCGUUCUCGCCCGAUCAAGGCCAAUCAAGCCAACGACAAGGCCCUCGGGACACUGAUGGGUUUCUACGAGAAAGGGGCCGUCCAGGUCACAAAUUGCUUCGCGAUCCCGUUCAAUGAGAACCGCGAUCAGCCCGAGCUCGACGAUUCCUUCAACCAAAGCAUGAUCCACAUGCUGAAACGUAGUACCCCCACCGAGCAACCUGUUGGAUGGUUCUACACCUCACCGGACCUUUCUCCUGCGUGCCUGCCCUAUCAUGACUAUUAUUCAAGGGUUGUUUAUGAGGCCUUUGGCCCUCGGCGGGAGACCCCGUUGGUGAUUUUGCUGACCCUGGACACAACUUUCAGCUCCGUGGAGGACAAGGAGCGAAUGCCCGUGCGCGCCUAUUUCCGCUCGAAGGCCGGAAUCUCCGGAAAUCCCGAGCCCCAUUGUGCCAUCUUCAACCCGCUCCGGGUCGAGAUGGAUGCCUUCCCCGGCGAAUGCGUUGCCUUAAAUCUGAUUCAGGGCAGCGUCGAGGACAAACAGCGUGAGGUGAACCUCGACAAUGGACUUUCCCAGUUGGAGAAGAGCACUGGACAAAUUGUGGAAUGGCUCGAGCGUGUCUUGCAAUAUGUUGACGAGGUGUUGGCUCGAGACGAAUUGCCCGCCGACGCGACUCUUGGACGCAAGCUGAUGGAUAUUGUCCAGACGGCUGCCACCCAUCUGCAACAAGACAAACUGGACGCCCUUGUGAAGAACAGUCUUCGGGACUACAUGAUGAUUUCGUACCUGGCCAAUCUGACGAAGACUCAACUCUCGCUCCACGAGCGCAUGGUUUCGCUG